GAUGGUCAUUAUUUACGGCAAGUUCUCUAGGAAGUUGCAGAAAGUAGGAUCUCCAUGUUGGAGUCUGGACUCCUCACAAGAAGGUACUGGAAGUGUUUUAUUAUGUGAAGACUGAAGCAGUAUUUGAUCAAGUUUCUCCUUAGUUAAGUACCUCUAUCUGAUAUUCAAGACUAGAUACAGGGAGAAUAAGGAAUCAAUAUAAGUAUAGUAUGCUGCAGGCAGCUCUACAGAGAAAUUGCAUAGAUCGUAAAUGGUGAUGGCUCGGUGGCUCUCUAAGCAAAGGCUCUGGAGUCAACAGUCAAGAGCUGUACCUGUUCUCGGCUAGGAAUCGUGAACAAAGACAGAGAAAAAGUCAAUCACAACAAUCAGGGGAAGACGAAAGCUGUCCCAAAGGUCAAACAUGUGAAUGGACUAUUGAUUCUCUCAGGUUAUCUUCCUGAGGAGAGAGAGCCCCAAAUGGAGAUUUUCCUUCCUGCAGUCAUGGGUGAGCUCACCACUAGAUCCAUAAAUUUCUUCAUCAACAAAUGCUUCAAGCCGCCAGCAGUAGCUGUGGAGGACAGGCUGCAAUCGGCUCUCCUCCGGGCGCAGGUCAUCAUGGACGAGGCCAUGGGACGCCGCAUCACAAACCGAUCUAUGCUACAGCAGCUGGACAUGCUGCGAGACUGCAUGCACCGAGGCUACUACACGCUUGAUACCUUCAGAUACCAAUCUCACGACAAAGAGGAGGUCAAAGAUCAGAUUGUGAGUCACUCUUCACUAUUGUCCAAAGUAAAUUCUGUCAAAGAUUUAUGUUUCUCCACUGGAACAAGUACACAUAUUUUGGAAGAAAUGCAAGAGGUGCUUGAUAGUUUGAGCUCCAUGAUCCUUGAUUCAAAUGAGCUGGUUCUGUUCUUGACGAGCUAUCCCCGCAUGUAUCGUGAGCCUUACAGCAUGCAUCUCCUGUUGAGCAAGUGCAUGUUUGGCCGCCAGAUGGAAACAGAGCUCGUCAUCAAGUUCCUGUUGCACAGACAGCCUCAUGGUGUUGAAGAAUUGGAGGUCCUACCAAUUGUCGGUCUAGGCAGAGUCGGAAAGAGCACCCUUGUCGCUCAUGUUUGCAAUGAUGAGAGAGUCCGUGAUCAUUUUUCAGAAAUUAUAUUCUUGAGUGACCACGAUUUCAGAGAUGAGAAGUUAACCACUCUUAGUGAAGGAUGUGCGAAGAAAUAUCAAAAUUGCACGUUGAACAAAGAUGAGAGAAUGCUAGUUGUUGUUGAGGCAGCUGGAGACUUCAAUGAAAGUGCGUGGAAGAGGCUAUUCUCUGCUUCUAGACGGUGCAUGACAAGUGGUAGUAAAAUCAUAAUCACAGGUCGGUCUGACAAGAUCACAACGCUUGGAACAACGCAGGCAGUAACACUGAAAUAUUUGUCCCACGAAGCAUACUGGUACUUCUUCAAGACGCUUACGUUUGGAAGCACUGAUCCGGCGAUACACCCAAGGCUUGCAUAUUUGGCCAUGGAGAUAGCCAGGAUGCUGAAACGAUCUCUCAUUGGUGCAACCACCACCGCCUCUUUGCUGAGGGACAACUUUGACAUCCACUUUUGGUUCAAGGUUCUGACCUUUUUGAGAGGGUUCAUCCAGAGGCAUGUCUCCAAAUUUGGUGAGCAUCCAAUUGAUGCUCUGGACCAAUAUAGACCUGCACAGCUUGAGAGAAUGGCUACACCUUCUGAAGUUUUCCUGGUUUCUUUACAGUGUCAACGCUCUUCACAAGAGGAGGUUCCCAAGAUUAGAAUCCAAGAUAUGACGUAUGGAAGCGUUAGGCCUCAUGGGAAAUUUGAGGUCCUAGCAUGGAAGUCUCGGAUACCCCCCUACCAUAGCUAUGUGUAUACUUGCGAGCUUCGAGAGCUAAAAACUACAGCUGCCAAGCGGAAGCGUUCUAUGAAAAAUGGAGUAACACUCUGUUAGUCUUGUCAUUUUCAGGCUUAUGUAGUAGUAGAAUAUCAGAACAUGUUUUGAUAGGGUGUCACAAGUUAUAACACUGUGAAACUGUACUACUACCUUGUCAUGUGUAAAGUAUUUACUAUAUAUUAGUAACAGAAUAAUGCAUGACGUUGAGGCAUAGAUGUUUAUGAAAUAUAAUGAAUUGGUUGUCAA